AUGAUCACCACCUCUGCGCUGCAACUUCCUUGUCAAGUGUAUUGCUCAAGGUUCAGUCCGAACCGUGCCCAGCAGCUAGUAGGCCUUGGUGGAAAAGAUGGCGCAAUCUAUGUGUAUCCAUUCGGAGACUAUCCCCGUAUUGCGCGUUUAGAGAGCGAGCCGUCUCCUUUGACAGCUCUUGCCUUUGAUCCGCAGCAACGCCGUGUUGUGGGUGGAAACGACAACGGCAGUGUGCGGCUUUGGGACGUCGGCACGGAGAAGUUCAUCCGGUCCUUUGGGAACGGUCAUAAAUCCACAGUGACAGGUGUAGAUUACCACCGCUACACAGACUUUAUCGCCACAUGCUCGCGGGACAAAAGUCUUCGCAUUUGGGAUACGCGAAAGAAAACUUGUCUGCAGUCGUACAAGGGAGCGACGUCGCCCCUGUGCGCCACGGAAUUUUCCCCGAACGGUCGCUGGGCAGCUAGCGGGUGUGCCGAGGGCGUCGUCCGUUUAUAUGACUUGGUGUCAGGGAAGGAACUGAAUGAAUUCCGCGCCCACACGGGGGCUGUUACAUCCAUACAAUUCCACCCUGAGCAGUACUACAUGGCGGUGGGCAGUAGUGACGGUUCCGUCUCUUUGUGGGAACUGGAAAACUUCACAAAAGUUUACCAAAGCAGCCCUCUCGACACACCCAUAGACGCAGUGCAUUUAUUUGGCAAAAAGAUGCUUGUGGCGGCUGACCACGUCCUGCGCGUGUACGACUUUACUUUGAUGAGCGACAGCACAGCGUGCUCUAUUGAAUCCCCGUGGAAUAUCAUCGGUGACUUGAGUUUUUCUUCAGUCACUGAUGAAGCGUUGUUUGUAGAGUUCAGCGGCGCGACGGCUCGUAUGGGGCGACUCUCCCUUAGUCAAUGCUCUGACGCUUCUCCACAGCUGCCACCGUCUCCCCCUACUACCCCCACUGUUGUUACCGCAACUGCCAUGGCAGCACCACCAUUCUUGCGUUCUGCCCCCGAAGAAAAAAACACUAAGGCAACAGGGAGUCUGCCUAUCCAGAUAUUGCAUCCGAAUCCACAAAAGGUGCCUCUUGUGCGUGACUCUGUCACGCCCUUGGCAGGGUCAAGUAAUUCGCUGACGACUGACUUGCUAAAGUCAAGUGCGUCAAUGCUGUCUGUUUUGCAGCGACGGCUGACACACAUUCGCGUGGUUCGUUCUCUCUGGGUGCGCGACCCUCAGCAAGCUUUGGAAUAUCUUGAGCAGCUAUGCGCUGAUCAAUCGGAAUGCGGAGUCGUGGCUGAUUUUCUAGUCGCGAUGCAAAACAUGCGCAUGAAGGAGCGCAUCAACGUGAGCAACCUACCUGGCUUACUCAACGUCCUCGGUUACGCCCUCAAAAGUGAACAGGAAUCACUUCUUUUGGCGGCCUUAAAAGUUGUUCGAAGUAUGAACAGCAGGUUCCGCGCCAAGAUGGACGAGGCUCGUCGCUUCGCAGCAUCCUUCAAGAAUGUGGAUGCCAAAACCCCGGAAACUAUUAUGCAGCAGUACUACGAAUUAAGCGCAAGGUUUGAGAAUCUUGCCGUCCUCGUGUACGAACUCCAAGGACGAAAGGGACAGGUUGGCGAGGAGGCCUGUGAGGUGUUGGAUGAGCUCCCAGCCGUUACAAGAGUGAGGUAG